CCUCUUAUUUCUACUUCCGGUGUAAAUAAUAAAAAAAAUUAAACAUGCUAAAUUGCAUUUUCCUUUUAAAGUUCAAUAGAUUUUUUCAUCAAUGAAUGGUGUUAAUUAACAUUGAAAAUGAUGGGUGUUUUUGCAGCCGCUGUAGCACGUUUAACCCCGUCAUUUGUUGAAAGUUUUGAUCCCGAAAAAUUAGCAUCAAAAUUUGUGAGGGUAGAAAAAGAAUUUGGAGUGAAAUUCACAAAAUCGAACAGUACUUUCAAUAUAGUUGGCCAUUGGGAAGCAGUAAGGAAAGCACACAAAAGCUUAUUAAAAUUGAAAUUUAAUGAAAAGGUUACUGAAAACAGCUCUGAGAGUGUUGACAUCAAGGCAGAUAUAUCGGGUACUAAGAUAACUCCAUUAUCAAAGUCAGGAAAUGUUCCUGAUGAAUACAAUAAUGUUGAAGUUCCUCAGACAUCAGAAACAGAGCAGAUCACAGAAAAAGAACCACUUUUAGUCCGAGGAAAAGGAAAUCCAAAACGAGGGAGACAUGCUGCUAAAGAGAGUCCAUAUUCCGGUGUUCCUGAGCCAGUAUUCUACUUGCAAUACCAAGAUAAAACGUUCGCUGAUGCAUGUAGCCUAGACAUUGACUCUGUCUUAGAAGACUUUGAAAAGUCGCACAAUAAUACGAAAGUCACAAAAGAAGAGUUAAAGAAAAUUUUAGAGAAGAACAAAGAUCAGAUGGGAAAGCCAUUGGAAAAGGGAAUUCCUAAGGGGGCUAUAUUACCAGUGGCAAAAGUAACUGAAGAUAAUUGUGAAACAUUUGCAGUGGAGGAUAUGUUAAAUCCAAUACCACCAUCAACUCGUAUGCCCUCAGAUGUUCCCCAAGGAUAUGGAUAUGGAAUGCAAGGAUGUUCUAAAGAAAAUACUAUCAGUUUCAUGAGCAAUGGCCAACCUUUACUUUGUUCAUCUGGUGCUAUGAAUAUGGAAAUGGCAAAUCAAUUUAACACCUCCAUGGUAACAACAUACACUGUAAAUUCAAAAAUGACUACUCAAAGUCCAGGAUUGGUGCCUUGUAUCAAUGAGGCUAUUAAUCAAAAUUCUACAACAAGUGGACAUUUAAAUGUAUCAGACUUUUACAAUCAUACAGAUGUUAAAAAUGGUAGAGUACAUGUUAAUGAAGCAGUCUUUUCAGAAAACCAGUACAAUGUGAAUAAUACAAGGCCAGUACAGUUAUCAGACUCAGACAGUGAUUCAUUCAGCAGUAUGUUUGGAGACUAUGAUCCCCAGGCCAUGUUAAAUCAAAUUCCUGCUUCUGAGAUGAUGGGAAAUAUUACUGAAGUUCCUGACAAAAGGUUGCAGGAAGUGGAUACUAAACUAUCUAGGAAUGAUAAAGAAUUACAGGGGGAAACUGUAUCAAAUAAUGAUAAUGAAAGUAAACAAAGAAAUUUCCAGAAUUCUGAAGAAUUAGAAACAAGUUUCAACCCUCCAGAAGUAGCCAAUGACCGUAUUCCUUGUGAAAGUAAUGGGAUAAAAAUGGAAAUGCAUGAUUUCAAAGACGGCACAGCCUCAUUUGAAGAUUUUACAGAUCUGCCUGUUGGAUCAAAGACAUUUACUGCCAAAGACUUCUCCCGUAUUGUGUUACAUGAGAUAGUGAAAAUAACUCUGCUAUAAACAACACUAAUACGGAUAUCAUUUCCAUGGCAACAAAAGGCUGAACAUGACAAUGUAGGUAUUCCCAAUGCUGGUCCACCAAGCCAAACCACAUAAAUAGC